CACCUCGGCGUCGUCAGAGUUGCGGUGUCCACGUUCGUCGGCAGUUGUACAUUAUACACAUUCAGAUAUUCGUAACGAAAAAAAACGCGUGAUUUUAUAAUUCAUCCACAUACACCUAAAGAAAUUAAUAUAUUUUACUUAAAAUAUAAUAAAAUAAACGUGUUUUUCUUUUAAAAUAUAACAAUUGUGUAGUGUUUAAAUAAAAAUUUGUUUGUGACAAAUUUGAGGCAAGUGGUGCCGAAAUUCUCGGAAAAAGGCAAAAUUUUAAGCAUUUGGAUACCUCUACGCAAGUAACUCAACUGGUGGUUGGUUUUAAAGUGCCUCCUGUGUUUGCCUGUGUGUGGUUCAUCUCAAGGCUGCGUGUUGUGUAAAAGAACGGACGAGUGCGUGCGGUUCGGGGUUACUACACUACACCACCAUCUUGUGAUCUCACUUACCGUAGUAGAGUAGCGAGAUGCGUUCCCAUGCCGCAUGCCAGCGCUAGUUCGCUGCCCUACUGCGACCACUACUUCUUCUUCUUCACCCAGAAGAAGACAACGCACGCGAGAUGACCGCCGCAAGGUGUGCCGAUGAAAGCCAACGGCUGGAUCCCAGCAUGGAGAAGAAAGCCUCGCUGCACAACGCAACGGUUGUCACCACCACAACAGUGGACAUGGAUGGCAUACCGAAACAUCAACACAACACUCCACCACAAUAUCUACGCUAUAUGCAGCAAGGGUUGAAGAUCCCAAACAACCAACUACAACAACAACAUCUGAGGCAGUCUCCGAUGAUCCAUCAACAUGUCCAUCAACCUUACAUGAAUAAACCUCCAGGGAACUUGUACAACACUGCGAAUAUUCAUACGAAUCCGCUGCACGUGCAUUAUAACAACCAGUACAUCUAUCAACAGAACAAACUCAAACAACAUCAGCAACAGUUGUCUCCCUUGUCCCCGAUUUAUCAAACUCAUCAACAUGCUACAACCUAUCAACACAAUCCGAAUCUUACACCGCAACCAUGGGUUCCACCUCAUUCCAGUGUCAAUGCGGUGUAUCAGUCUCAGAAUCAGAUCAAGUCUGAACCGGGGACUCCUACUACAACUACUAGUUCUACUAAUACGAUGAAUACCAAUAUGAAUUUGAAUACGAGUAACACAACUCCGGUGCAUAAUAAACACCGGGAGUUGGAGAGGAGGAAGUCUGGAGGGCAUACGCAGUUGAGGUCACCUUCAGCGAAACGUCCCAGUGAUGCUCCGGUUACGUUGCAGGGGUGGUUGCAUAAGCAAGGGUCGGAUGGGUUGAUGUUGUGGAAGAAGCGAUGGUUUGUGCUUUCGGAAUAUGUUUUGUUUUAUUAUAAAGGUCCAGAAGAAGAAAAAUUAUUGGGAUCUGUCCUACUGCCAUCGUAUAGAGUGUCUAUUUGUGGUCCAGAGGAUAGAGCAAACCGGAAGUUUGCUUUCAAAUGUGAACAUACCAAUAUGAGGACAUAUGUGCUUGCAGCUGAUACCCAGGAGUUGAUGAUGCAAUGGGCCCGAGCGCUUAACCUCGCUAGUUUACUCCAGAGCAACAUUGAGUCUGAUUCUUCUUUAAACACUCCAUCUUCAUACAACCCACUAAAUGAAACAAUUGAAUCCAACUAUAGUCACAACCCAAUCAUACAACAACAACCACAACCUCAGUCCCAAGCUCAAAUUAUGCGUCUACCACUCCACGCGCAUUCAUCAAGCAACACGACCGAGUUUAGCAAUCCGAGCCAGGAUCUCAACCACCACAUGAAUCUGAGUCAGUAUAAUCAACCGCUGUAUGCGAACGCACCUCCCAAACCACGCCGGCUUAAUGACACCGGAUAUUCCUCGCCGAGUCCCGACACGCUCGAGCGCUACAAUGAACCGAAAUAUGUCACUCUACAACCACCUGCGUACCUGCGCAACAUGUCAAAGUCUAACUCCGUAUACAGUCAAGACAGUGUUUAUAAUCAAGAGUAUCAAGGUCAACAACAACAACACCAACAACUGCAGCAGUAUAUCGCACAGAAUGCUGAACGGCGUACGCCGGAUACCUAUGGGAGGUCCAAGACGCACAUGUUGAAUGGCACCGCACAAAAUGGCCGCCAUCCCUCGGAUUAUGAAGAUAUCUACGCGGAGCAGUAUAUGUAUAAGAGACCUUUGAGUCCCUUGGCGUAUAAUAAGUCGAUAUCUAUUACUACUCCCAUGACUCCUAUCCAAAGAUCAUAUACACCUAUGUCUAUUACCAGGAGUGAUUCCAGAGAGGUUAGGAAGUCUCCGAAUUCAGUCCCUAGGCCGCAUAGUGCUGACUUUUUGGAAUAUGAAGCAACUCAUAGAUUGAAUCAGGCUAUGAGUGUUAAUCCACAACCAGCCCGACCUAAAUCCAGCCUGGAUAUCAACCGUAACGGAGAUAAUUAUUUCUACUCCGAGGAGAGAUACGGAAAAAUGAGAAAAAGCGCGCAGUAUUUGUCCAAGUUACCAGGGAAAUACAGCACACCUCCAAGGAGAUCUCAUGAAAUCCAAGCAGAUAAUACUUUUCCUCUGAUGAGAUCCAAUACUCAACCCUUGAAUUAUGCUACAACCCCAGUUGAGUAUUCGUCAACUCGUAGGGAGUCUUUACCUCUACAACCGACGAGAUGUAGAAGUGUUUUGAGUGAAAGAUCUAUAUCUAAAGAGUUAGAUGGAGAAUUAUAUGGUAGUCAAUAUAAAGAACUCCCUAACGCACAAACAGACCAUCUGUAUGGUCAUCGUUAUGAUCACUUGAGAGAAUACGACCCAUUUACACGCUCUGCAAGCGCGCGACUCGCCAACAUCGAGCAGCGACUGCAAGGCGACGGUCGAGCGAGCAUGAACAAAGAAGGUGAAAGAAAGAGAGAAGAAUCGAUGAAACGCCUCCUGGAAUGGAAGCAGCGGAUGUUGCAGAGUCCACUCAACAGGAAGGUGAAUCAGAAUGUGAACAAAACCUACAGUAAACCGGAAUAUUACAAACGUGCGAGUAGUUAUGCUCGGCAUGUUGAUGGGCGGUCAGCUAUGGGUCAAUACAACAGCUAUUCGUCGGAUGAUGAAGAUAAAUCCGGGCAGAUCGAUAAGAAGAACGUCUACGAAUCGGACACGCUGAAGAGAUUAAAAGUCCCAGACAUGCAGAAUCCACAACAGAGGAAUGUUUAUCCUUCAAAAAAAGAUGAGAAAUUUGUUUCGGAUGAGGAUGGGAUUGUUAGAAGGACACACAGUUUAGAAGGGUUAUUAGAGAAUGUCCUUGGGGAUAGUGAACAGCAAGUAGACCCUAAUGAAGGGAGUUAUCUCUGGGAAGAGGAUUCUAUCUGGAGGGAAAGGUUAAGAGAUGCCAGUCAAAGACAUACAAAAAGUUUAGAUGACUUAGACUGUGUGGGGAUAACGAAUGUAACAAAUUCCAAAAUGGCCACGCCUCCCAAAGAGCCCAAAAGUAAAAAACCUUCUAGAGCUAUCACCAGAGAUGUGGUCUAUGUCAAUGACACUGUAUACAACAUGCCGGUACAAGAAAAAUUCGCUAAACAACCACCAGAACAAAGUUUGAGUACAACUAGUACAAACACAAAACAAAAUGCCGGAUCAAAAUCAGCAUCUUUUAUAAUCGACCGUGAGAAACUCCGUCAGUGGGACUUGAUGUCAUCCGCGUCGUCAGCGGGUGCGCGCGCGACCGCCUCGGCGGAGGUGGAGUUUGUUGGCGGCGGUGGUGACGGGAACAGAGCGUCGCAGCGGGUGGCCCAAGAAGCAGCUUCAGGUUCGCUCUCGAUGGGCAUGCAUAACAUGGCGGCCAUGCAACGUGACUAUCAACAGCACCAAUCGAGAUCCACCUCUAACCUACAUCGAAGUUAUGACAGUGAUUAUACUAUUUGGCAGGAUUAUUAUCUUAGUCCUGCACCGAGUCAACAAAACAUCGAAGCGGAAAACCGGAAGACGCCUUGGAAUGCAAAAGUAAAGUUAUCAGCUGGUGACCUCCUGGGUCGUACCCACGAGGAGCUCGUCCUCCUCCUGAUUCAAUUGCGCCGACAGAGCACGAAUAUUUGCCAUGCGAUCGAAGCGGGUUAUAAUGAAAUUGACAGUAUACAGGCCCAAUUACACUUGAUGGAUGCCGCUAAACGCAUGGAAAGUCUUCAGAAACUGGAAGCAAUCAAACAACAUCUUCUAGACUUAGAAAAACAAUACGAGAAAGGGAAACCCAUGGUGAAUCUGGUUGAUAAUAUGGUUAAACUUGGUUCGUUGUACAAGUUCCCCAGCUCAGAUAGAUCCAGUAGUUAUACCACGAGAGAUAGAAUUGAGUUUAAUCAACAGAUGCAAGAGAAGAAACUCCUGGAUGACGAAAGACGUGAUUGGAACCGUAUUAAUUCAAGUCACCUGCAACUACAGGAGAAGGUCCAGCAGUUAUAUGAAUUGGAUCAAUUGAUUCAAGAGGGUUCAGGUACCCUGCAAGGUUUACAACAGGAUAAAGAGGAUAUUGAAAGAGCUCUUGGAGGGAUCCGUAGUAGAUUAAUGCAGGGUUACAAUGAUCCAGAGAUUAUCGAGAAAGCUAAGAAGCAGCAGUCAAUUUUAGAGAAUGAACUCAGUAGAGUACACCUAAUGCUCGCACAGAACUCCAAACAGUUAGAGGAGACUGUCGCGGGUAAUGCUAGAUUGGAACAGGAGUUAUUGGUCCUGAGACAGAAACUCCAAGCAUCCAAACAGAACCAAAACAGGUCCUCACCACAGUUUUCCAACCCAGGUGAUAGCCUAACCUGUGGGAUAGGUAAUAUUGGUAACAGUAAUGGUCUAAUGGAAUCUGACCUUCAAAAAGUCCAACAAAAAGUCGGGGAUCUACAAAAACAACGACAGGAGUUGAGUUUGCAGGUGAGACAACUCACAGACAGGUCUAGUAUUCCCAUGAAGUCAUUUGAUGGUAAGAAGAGGAUCCAUUCCGGAUGGAGGGAGACUGACCUUGAUACAAUGUACAUCAGAGACCAUGGUGAAUCAAAUUGGGAGAGUAAUUCAUCCAUACCAUCAUCAAUGUCUCCAUUAUACAUUCGUACUGAUCUCAAAGGACAAGGACCAGUUCAAAAUCAAAUUCAAAGUAAUCCCCAGGAAGACAUCUAUGGUGGGACCACACCAAUUGAUGAUUACUCCACCAGUCAUCAGUUUACAAUGCCACUGCCACAAGAAAAACCCGAAAUCAAAACCGUACGUAUUGUCAAACGUGAAUCCGAACGUCGGCAUCGUGAUCGUGACCGUGACAAGGUCACGCCGAGUGGUCCAAGUGGUCCAAACAAAUACGACGCUUUAAUCGAAGAUGAUUUCUAUGUCACUUCAAGCCCAACUCGUCCUACAACCCUAAGCGUGCAGAAAGCAACCAGUAGCACCAACUUAACCUAUCCUGAAGAUAACCUAAGCCGAACCAGUUCAACACCCAGUAUAUCUCAAUUCGAGAAAGAUGCUUCACCUGUAUUAUCUCCAGUGUUCAAAAGUGAAGCAGCUCGACAGAUAAUCACUGAAAUCGGUCAGGAAACACCUAAGAAUAAGAACCGUCGAGCUGUUCCCAUAGAAAAACGCCGCCAUUACACCGCCCCACAUAAUAACCUCAUCCGGAAGAGUUUCAAUCAACUGCCUACAACUGACGAUGACACUUUUAACAAAGCAGUAUUAGAAACACGCCGUGCAAGAGAUGAUUUAGACAUGGAAAGAGCCUUGAGGCAACGUAUAGAUGCACCUGAUGUAGUACGAAGUACUUUAAGCAGUAAAGAACUUAAAUAUACUGAGAAUACUAUUGAUAACUUAUUUGGUGCACCAAAUAAGAUUUUUAUUCCCGAGAGGUACAUACCCGAACAAACUCCGCAGUUGUCCGCUGAAGAAGAAGAGCACAGAUUGAGGAAAGUCGAAUCCAUCAAGAAAAUGCUCUCGGAUACAACUAUUCUAAGCACUAGCACUGCCAAUCUGGCUAAUGGAGAUGAAGGUGAGACUUCUACUGCUGCUGCAAGUACCACAACCAAAGCCACAACGAAGAUGAUCGAAGAGAAGAAGCAGCGUGAGCAUCUCUUGCAGUUGAAUCAGAUCCUCGCGAAGCAAGUGAUGGAGAUGAGCAAGAUCGUCGCAGGUAAACACAAUGCAGACGAAUCCAAUUAGCAUGCUCUGCAGUUUUUACUCCCACCACCACUCAUACUAUUUCCCCCUGCAUGUGUUUUUGUUUUUGAAUUUGGUGUACUAAUUGUAUCGAUAUCGCAGUGUGUGUACAUUUUUAUUAUUUAUUAUUUUCAUUGAUGUAUUGCGUAUACCUAGAAAUAAUUGAUAGCAUAAAUAUUGUUAUUUAUUUAUAGCGCAUAACCUGAAUUAAUUGUAUGAUUGUAUAAAAGAGCAGCAGGAGUAUAUAUACAGAUUAUGUUUAUUAUUUGAUUAAAUUAUUUACGUAUAA